UCGGAGGAAGUCGCUUUGCGGAGUCCGGAUGUGGACGUGGCACAGCGCUGCAGCAGUUCCGCUGAAUGUCCGUUUCUGAUACCGAGAAGGGAUUAGUGAGCAACACCCCGGGACGACAUCGGCGUCUUAGUUUGUCGGCCACUAGGCUUCACAGUUUGCAUCAAGUCUAGGACAGCCUUACUAUUUACAUCACUUUGGAGAUUUAGGGAUGAACUGAGGAUGAAUGUAAACCAGCACACGCCAAUGGCCUCUCCAUAUGGCCAGCCCCAGCCUGGUUAUGGCCAGCCUGGUUACGCUCCUCUGGAUGGGAGCUAUCCAGCACCCUACGCACCCUACAAUGGCCCUGCGUCAGCCUAUCAGCCUGGGGCUCCACCGCAAGGUUACUCUCCUUUCACAAGCUUUCCCUCUAAGGCUUUGGCAGCCAACCCAGUCUCUGACUUCCCCUCUCCUCUUGACUUAGGUCCUGCCAGGGGUCCUCCUACUUCUGGACCCCCGCCUGUCUCAGCACCUCAGCAGUACAAUCAGUACAGUCAGAGUCAAGGAAGCAUGCAGAAUGGACCCCCACCUCCUACACAGGCACCACCCAGACCUGCUGUCUCUCAGCCGUACAACCAGGGUGCUAUGAACCUAUCGGGGCCGCACCCUUCUUAUCCCCAACGCUAUGGACCCCCAUCCACAAUGCAGCAGGUUACCAACCAGAUGACGGGGAUGCAGAUCACCUCUGGACCACCAACCGCUGCUGGGCCAGGAUACGCUCCACCUCACAGCUCCCAGCUUCCCGUCAGUACUGGGUACUCGGCCGCACCCCAGGCCUCCUACACCCAAGCCCCGCCCCCCGUGUCCUCUGCUCCCACCCAGCCGCCACCUCCCAGCGGCCCCGCAGCUCCUCAGCAAUAUUAUAGCGGCCCACCGCCUUCUUCUCAACAGCCAUUCAAUUCCUCUCUUCCCCCUACCUCUCAGCAGCAGCAGCAGUUCACCUCUUCUGUAACUCCACAUCCUCCUCCUCAGCAAACCUUACCUCCAUCCUCUUACUCGGGUCCGGUGCCUCCACAAAGUCAACCUCCUGUUCCCCCAGUGUCCCAGGCACAGCAGUCCUUCCCUACACCCCAGCCCCCUUUCUCUUCAGCACCUCCACCUGUCAGUCAAUCUUCCUUUGCUACUGGCCCCCCACCUUGUGCCCAAGGCUCCUUUCCACCUCAAGGCCCCCCUCCUAGCUCUCAGCCUGGUUCUUUUCCUCCUCCUGGCCCCCCUCUAACCUCAGCCCCCUUUUCCCAGUACCCAGGUCCCAUGCCACCCCAGCAGCAACCCCCUCCAUCUCAGCCAUCCCCCUAUCACUCAGGGCAACAUCCUCCUAGACCUCAAAUGCCUCCCACUUCCAUGGCUCAGAGCAAUCACCUGCCUCCAGGACCACAGGGCCCACCAGGCCCUCCUGGGCCACUACAGCAGCCUCCAUCUCAGCCUGGGGUGCAGACAGGAUACCCUCCUCAGCAGAAUGGUGCUUUUGGGCAGGUAAGAGGCCCUCAGCCUGGGUAUUCAGCCCCUUACCCUGGGCAACCAAACUAUGGAGCACCAGCUCCUGCUCCACCUGCACAGAAAAGACUUGACCCAGAUGCCAUUCCUAGCCCGAUCCAGGUAAUAGAGGAUGACAAGGCUAAAACUACCGAGCCAUUCACCACAGGGGUCAGGGGUCAAGCCCCACCACUGGUCACCACCAACUUCCAGGUUCAAGACCAAGGGAAUGCCAGUCCCAGGUUUAUUCGUUGUACAGCCUACAACAUGCCUUGCACAGCUGAUAUGGCAAAGCAGUCUCAGGUGCCAUUGGCUGCUGUCAUCAAGCCCCUCGCCACGCUGCCACCUGAUGAGCCCCCUCCACUCGUGGUGGACCACGGCGAGAGCGGUCCGAUCCGCUGCAAUCGUUGCAAGGCCUACAUGUGUCCGUACAUGCAGUUCAUAGAGGGAGGUCGCCGCUUCCAGUGUGGUUUCUGCAGCUGUGUCACAGAGGUGCCUCCACAUUACUUCCAGCAUCUGGACCACACCGGUAAGAGGGUGGACUGCUACGACAGGGCGGAGCUUUCACUGGGCAGUUAUGAAUUCCUUGCGACUGUUGACUACUGUAAGAAUAACAAGCUCCCUCAGCCUCCAGCCUUCAUCUUCCUUAUUGAUGUGUCCUACAACGCUGUGAAGAGUGGCAUGGUCAACAUUGUCUGCCAGGAACUCAAGACCCUACUAGACUGCCUGCCCAGGGAGAAUCCCGAAGCGGAAUCUGCAGUGCGAGUGGGUUUUGUCACCUACAACAAGGUUUUGCACUUCUACAACGUCAAGUCGAGCUUGGCCCAGCCCCAGAUGAUGGUGGUGUCAGACGUGUCAGACAUGUUUGUACCCCUGCUUGACGGGUUCCUGGUGAAUGUAAAUGAAAGCAGACAAGUUAUCGAGAGUUUGCUGGACCAGAUCCCAGAGAUGUUUGCAGACACCAGGGAGACGGAGACGGUGUUUGGACCCGUCAUCCAAGCAGGACUGGAGGCACUAAAGGCUGCUGACUGUGCUGGGAAGCUGUUUGUGUUUCACACCUCUUUGCCCAUCGCGGAGGCCCCAGGAAAACUAAAAAACAGAGAAGACAAGAAGCUGAUUGGAACAGACAAGGAGAAGUCGCUAUUUCAGCCUCAGGUGGGUUUCUACAGCUCUCUGGCUAAGGAGUGUGUAGCCCAGGGCUGUUGUGUGGAUCUUUUCCUCUUCCCCAACCAGUAUGUGGAUGUUGCCACAUUAGGUGUGGUUCCCGUCUCCACUGGAGGUUCAGUCUAUAAAUAUACAUACUUCCAGGCUCAGUCGGAUCAGGAGCGAUUCCUAAACGACCUCAGACGAGACGUUCAGAAACUUGUUGGAUUUGAUGCUGUUAUGAGGGUGCGAACCAGCACAGGCAUCCGAGCAACAGACUUCUUCGGCUCCUUUUAUAUGAGUAACACCACAGAUGUGGAGCUGGCAGGCCUCGACUGUGACAAGGCCAUCACUGUUGAGUUCAAACACGAUGACAAGCUCAGCGAGGAGACGGGGGCGCUCAUGCAGUGUGCUGUGCUGUACACCAGCUGCAGCGGCCAGAGGCGUCUCCGCGUCCACAACAUGGCCGUGAACUGCUGCUCUCAGCUGGCUGACCUGUACCGCAACUGUGAGACAGACACAAUCAUCAACUACUUCUCCAAAUACGCUUUCCGUGGCAUUCUCAGCAACCCCACUAAGGCAGUGAGAGAAACUCUGGUGAACCAGUGUGCUCAGAUUCUGGCGUGCUACAGGAAGAACUGUGCAAGUCCCUCAUCUGCUGGUCAGUUGAUUCUGCCAGAGUGUAUGAAGUUGCUCCCGGUUUAUCUGAACUGCGUGCUGAAGAGUGAUGUGCUGCUACCUGGAGCCGACGUUUCAUUGGAUGACCGAGCUUACCUGAGACAGCUGAUCAGCUGCAUGGAUGUUGCAGAGACUCACGUCUUUUUCUACCCCCGCCUGCUGCCAGUGAUGAAAUUGGAAAGCGGUUCGUUGCCGGUGGCAGUGAGGGACUCGGAGGAGAGGUUGUCGAAAGGAGGAGUUUACCUGCUGGAGACCGGGCUCCACCUGUUCCUGUGGGUGGGCGCCAGCGUUCAGCAGGAGCUGCUGCUCAACAUCUUUGGCACGCCGAGCUUCAGCCAGAUCGACUCAAACAUGACAAGUCUACCUGUUCUUGACAACCCCAUCUCUCAGGCUCUCAGAGAGCUCAUUUAUUCUUUCAGAGCACAGCGAUCACGAUACAUGAAGCUGAUGGUGGUGAAGCAGGAAGACAGGGCCGAGCUGAUAUUCAGACACUUCCUAGUCGAGGACAAGAGCGCCAGCGGGGGAGCGUCAUACGUAGAUUUCCUGUGUCACAUGCACAAGGAGAUCCGCCAGCUCCUCAGCUAGGCCCCCCCCCACCGCAAAUUCCCACCUUCACCUGUAUGAUCCUCCACCACUACCGCCACCACACAGAUCCACCCCAGUCACCUUUCCAUGUGAAAGAAAGCUCUUGAUCUUUAUUUCCUUUCCUUUUUUUUUUUUAAACCUAAUAAACUAAAGCUCCCCUUGCUGUCUGUCAGCUGAGCACCAGAGACCAGCUGGUAGAUCACAUGUGUGCGUGACAGUGCGAGUGUGUAUCUGUGUGUGAGUGAGAGAGAGAGAGACAGAGGGGGGAUCUGAUGUUAAUAAAGCUUUACUCUGCCUCAAAUCUGCUGCUCCACAGCAGCAGGAGCGAAAUAACUUAUGAGGGAGAGUAAUGUACAUACAAAAAUGAACAAUUACGUAUGCAACAGACUGACGGAGAAGGCGUAUGCCGGCUGUAGUUGGUGUAAUGUCUGUAUUAAAAGCACUGAAAGGCUGUUUUGGGUGCAUGAAUGACUCUUGGAUAGCAAACACUUUUUAUAUGAGUAAAUCCCAUUACAGUGAAGGACAUAGGGAAUUGAAUAAAUGCUGUUCUUUCUGUCUCUCAUCCACUAUAAUCAUGGCCUUAGUACCCCCUUCCUCCCCUUCUGUUCCCAUGCUGCUCCAAUCAUCCGUAAUGUGUGUGUGUGUGUGUGUGUGUGUGUGUGUGUUUCCAGAUGUGAGAGGAUUAGUGACCCAUUGCCCAGUUUUGUUUUGUUUUUUAAAUCUCCUGCUGUGUCUCCAGGUGCGAGCAUCUGACUUUAAGCCCUCGAUUAACAACUCAAACUGGAGUCUGAUGUGAUCUUACCAACAGGAAGCACUGAAAAUAAAGGUGCAUGUAAUUUCUGUGACUGCUGAAUCACUACAGUAAUCGGAAAUUCAGAUUGGUUUCAAUCAGCUUCAGUUGAGUUUCGCUCACCGGGGCGAGCAUCUGUCUCUCGAGACUGUCAUGAGAGGAAGCUCUCAUUAUUUCCAGGUCUAUGCAGCACUGAGAAAAGCCAGAGACAAACUGAAGGGGAAAUGAAUGAGGCGUGUGAAUCUAUUAUUUUAAGCGUCACAGUGAGGGGAAACGUGCUCCCGAUCGCUUUGUUUGUUGGGCGAUUGUUGAAGGCGAGUAGUGCUGCAGACUUUAUAUUAACCGAAGGCGUUGAUGUCUGGGUUUGUAUGAAAGCAGGCAGAGAUGAGCACAGAGCGGCAGCAGACGUGUGAACACCAGUGAAUGUUUGCAAAGUUUUGGGUUGCCUCCGCACUGAAGUUGACAAGCUGUUCAGUGUGUAAAUAAAAUAUAUAAUCUGUACAGAAUUAAUAGAAAAAUAACGAUUUUAAAGGCCUGCCUGAACGGCUGUGGUUUGUUGAUGGUUGGUUUGUGUCACAAAUAGCCUAAAUAUAAAAUCAUGGCUUUUACUGAGGAGAGGAAGACGUGGUUUUUCUUUUUUUUUUUUCUUUUUCUUUUCUCGAUAUGUCUGCGUGAAUGUGAGGUGUGCGAUUGUGUGAAUGUGGGGUCGGUCCUGGUGAAUUUCUCCUGAGGAACAGAGGGAUCAGCCAACACACACACACACACACACACACACACACACACACACCACCCAUGAGGUUAAACUCGGUCUUCAUUUAUCACUUUGUUUCUUUUAUAACGACGUGACUUUGUGCUCUGUGUGUGUGUGCAGCCCUCUGUUCCGUCUUUAUGUUCACUGACUUCGAUUGACCCGCCGUCUUGACUGUAAUCUUAAUUUCUGUUCCUUUAUUCUUUCUUUUUUUUCAUUGCCUCUUGGGACUGCUAAUAAAAUGAUUGUUUAAAGUGAAA